AUGGCUAAAGGCAGAGGAAACACAAGUUCAAAGGAGGUGUCUAAUUACGAAAAACAACGAUUGAUGACAAUUCAAGCUAAUAAAGAGAAAAUGCAAUCCCUGGGCAUAAAACAUCUCGCGUCAUCUUUGACAAGCUUGGUUGAAAAUACGAAGGAGAAUAAAAGAAACAAGAAAAGAAAAGCUACCCAAGAAGAUGAUGACUUUGUCCCUGAAGAUGAUGAUAUUCGUCAUGAUGAAUAUGUAGAUAAGGAAUGUGAAACAGAGGUCCGACUGCCAAUUUCAACAAGGGCUAAUACUAAGAAGGCAAAAGGACACGAAAGAAGUAGUUUUAUUCCACCAAGGUCAAUUGCCAAGUUUCUUAAGAUGAAUAAGAAGCAGCAAGAAGCCUUAAUGGGAAACGAUGAAUUGGAAUCAGUUUCAAAAGCCUUACAGAUUGUAAAAAAAGAUAUGUCGGGUCAAGAAUUGAGUGGAAACCAUAAAGAUGUUGAAAUAGAGACAGAAAAUGCGGAGGAUAGAACAAAUAGAGACAAUAUGGAGACAAACUAUGACCAAGAUAGACAAGUUGGUGAAGUCGGGGGACCGGAGUACGCAUCUCCACAUGAUCUUAAUCAGGCAUUAAUGAGCUUCACAAACCCUUCGAAUACUCAAGGGGAUCAUAUUUUAUCUGGUUGGGCUAGGUUGGCGUCGAUUUACACUUCUUCAACACAUGAUUUCUAA